CUUUAUAAUUAUUCAGUGUCUAUAUACAUUUUUUUGGGACAUCCUGUAUAUGUUUAGGGUGGACUAUUCAUAAUGCUACUGUGACUUUCCUCAGUGAUUUCAGCAGAAGGUUAAAAAUUAUUCUGUUUUUUAAAGUCAGAGCUGUCCCUGUGGUAUUUGGGAUUUAUUCACAAAAUGAAUGAAUUUUUCUAAAAUCUGAUUUACAGUAAUCAUGACGUGCUUGUUUUGUUACCACAUUGUCUUCGUAGUGUCUAAAGCACGAAGAGUUGGUUAUUGAAAGUGAAGUGGUGCUAGCCAUUUGCAUUCCUGUAGUUCUAAAUGGCUAGCCAUUUGCAUUUCUGUAGUUCUAAAUGGCAGGCUGGCCUCUGGAAGAAAUCUCAAGCCACAGAUAAGACACCACUGCCUUUGAAAUUUGCCUUUUCCUAAAACUAAAUCUCAAACCAGCAUUUAGCUUGUUUAGCUGGGUGAUUAUAGCUCACAUAUGCCUUUCCCAAGCUUAGGGAAACAGAUUGAUAUAAAUUGUAAAAUGCAUCUGUUGGUUAUCUGCCAUCCUAGAUGCAGAUGAAGCCAGUCUUGAUGGCGACAGACAUCACCCCACCCCUGUCCUUUGCCCCUCUGUAGGUGGGGCCUGUACAGAGACAGUGCAUUCUGAUGGACUACAGAUGCAAGACCCCUGCUGUUCCCUGACGACAUACGCUCACACUCAGUCAAUCCCGAUGGGUUGUUGAUAAAUGGAGAAGAUGAUUACAAUGCACAUUUUCUUCUCUGUUAUUUCACAGGGUGCAUGGGCCUCCAACAAACCUUGCUUGCUUACUUACUUAUUUAGACACCUGAGGUAUUUCUGCACCCCAGGAUCCCUCUGAUUAUCUUCAGUUCUACAAGCUUCCCUCCAGACUGUGAGAGUACUCAUUCUUUGUGUCCCCAACACCUAGCAGAGUGCAUGCCAAGGUCUGUCUGUCCUCUAUCCUGCAUCACACCAUUUGGCUCAUUGAAUCAUUUUGAUUACCAGGUACCAUGCAGAGAACAGAAAUGUCACUUUGGGGGAAUAUAAGUUCGGACCACUGUUCAUGAGGUUGUGCUACGAGUUGGAUCUCGAGGAGUCUGCAUUGGAGCUCAUCAAAGACCAGCAGUUACAAGGUUUCUUCUUAGACUCUACAUCAUUCAAUAUUCUGAUGGACAUGUUAUUUAUGAAAGGCAAAUAUAAAAGUGCUUUGGAAGUAUUGAUCGAGAUGAAAAACCAAGAUGUGAAGUUCAGCAAAGAUACCUAUGUUCUUGCUUUUGCCAUUUGCUACAAACUGAAUAGCCCUGUGUCUUUUAACGUCUGUGCUACGUUAAGGGAAGAAGCCCUAAUCAAAGGAGAUGUCCUCCCCAGAAGGGCGUCUUGUUUUGCUGUGGCGCUGGCUCUGAAUCAGAACCAGGUGGAAAAAGCUACAUCCAUUUUUUCUCAAAUCAUGAAGCCAGAAAGCAUAAUCUGCACUAAUUUAAAUCUUAUGAUCCAUAUCCAGUCAAAUAUGUUGAAACCCCUGAUAGAGAUACUAAAGGAUGCCACAGAGGAAAAUGUAUCAAGAUUUGUGAAGAAACUUAAGUUCUCAGAAGAAGUGCUGGCUAAAGUGAGGGAAAAAGUGAAGGAUGUGCCUGCCCUUCUGGCCACAUAUGACGAGCUCUAUGGGAAACUGCACAUAAAUGGCCAGGUCACCACUCACACUCUGGAUGCUCUGCUCUGCCACACCCCCAAACACCUGAAAUCCCACAUGGCAAUUAACAAGAGGACAGUCAGCCGUCGGACCUUCCAGCCGCUCAGCCAGUCCCUGUUGGCUGAGUAACUCUAGGUCCAACCCCCCGAGUUGGAGGGGGCCUGCUUCUAGUGAGUUAUUGGUGUCCUAAGAAAUCAGCACUGGACUCCAGUGGACUCUGUACUAGCACUUGGUCUCCUGAAUUUCCGUGUUCAUUGAGUGCUGGUGUGCCGACCUGAGAAGUUAGUACAUUGUGCCACUUUGAAGGUCUAGAUACAAGUGAGCAGAAAGCUCAGCUCCCUCAGGAAGGAGACUUGCCCUGGCAAACUGCUGAGGAUCCUUGAAGGAACGUGGUCAUGGUCUCCAGUCCAGCUUCUGGUACCAGAUACCCAGAGCAAUAGUGGAAGGAAUUGCACCGUAAGUGGUCAACUCGACUGAGUGGGGAUGGUGGCUUGCUGGAUUCAGACGUUCUGAAUCCUUAUACCACCAUGCUGAGAAGUAGCCCAGGAUUCUCUCACUGCUUCUGUCAUCGUUUAUCUGUGACCCCAGACAAGGUUCUUGAGCCUUCAUGUUUCCAUCUGUAAAAUAAUAGUGCCCAUAUGAACCCGUAUUGAUCUGAAAUUUUCCUGCAAGUCUUAGUAGGGUCAGAUUUCCUCAAAAAUUAAUAAAAAUAAAAAAGGUUUCCCAGAUUUCUUGGGAUUAUGUUUUUUCUCAGCAGCACAAACAAAACCAGAAUUUAGCUCUCAGAAGUGGUAAGUAAGUUCAAAUGAUUACUGCUUUGGUCAUAGGCAAGCCAUGUGCUUUUCAAAAGAAGUGCCAGUGAAAACCACAUAAUGUCUCUGUAUUGCUUAGUCCUCAGUGUGCGUCAUAAACAUCUGUUCCUAUAGUUCAUCUUGUUUGUUAAUGUUUUUCUCUUUGGAUGGUUUAUAUUUUGGUAAAAAUAAAUGUGUCACGGCA